AUGCCUACUCUGCACAAACUUCUUCAAGCCAUCGAUGAAGAUGUCUUCGUGUAUAAAACUGUUCACGAACAAGAACAAGAGGAGAAGCUGAAAACUACAAUGAAAUAUUACGAGAUGAUGUUUCAGAAACUUUUCCACUUCGCAAUACUUGGCACAGGUGUACUUCUAGCGAUUGUGGCUCCAAUCUUGAUCAACAUUUUUGGCUCUGAGGAGCGAAAACGGAUCAAAGAAAUCAACUACGACCUGCCGAUCCCCAUGUGGUUUCCGUUCAACACGGACAACUUGAUGGGUUUCACUGUUGCCUACACAUUCUUGUUUUGCGAGGUUUUCAUAGUAAUAAUGUACAUUGGUGCUGCAGUACCGUUUCUCGUAUAUCUUGUCUUCGAAGUGAAUUUACAGUACAUGCUUUUGGAAAAAUCAAUUCUGAACUUGGAAUCCAGAGCGAAUGAAAGCUACAAGAAAAUCGUUGAUCUGCAUUCGGAGAUAGUUUUGAAAAAUGAUGCAUUAUACGAGAGGUGCGUACGAGAAUGUCUGAGAGAGAAUAUACUUCAUCACAUCGCUAUUUCAAGGCUCUUCAAACUCUAUCAAGAUUUAACAUCAACGAUUUAUGGUGUAAUUAUCGGAUUGAGCAUGAUUGUUCUGGCAACCAUAUCACUUGUACUUACUCGGAUGUGA